UUUUUGCUGUGACAGGUGGUGCAUACCGUUUCCCCUUAGAAGCUCUGGAGCUACCAUUAGAUCUUCUAGUUUGAUUUGGAACCUGCAAAAGGUUGGACGAAGAUCUGCAAAAGCUGGGAUUUGGAGUUAACAGCUAUGCUUUGACUUUGCAAAUCCCACGCUUUAGUUCUGCGAAAAUGUUGAGUGUUUGGUUAAGGAUUAAAUUAUGCAGGUUGCUGGGAUCUGUCAGGCUCAGAUAUGUUGUCCUCGAAGAUGGUUGUCAAAUGGAAGGUAAUGCCAGUGAAGUUUUGUCACUCGCUGUGGAGUGGGGACUUAGGAAGGUGAUUGUUUACUAUCAUGACAACCACAACUCUAUUGAUGGUGACAAGGAGAUUGCAUUCACCGAGUGUUGGCAAAUGGGUCGAGGGUCUAUGUUGGCAUGCUGUAUGAGCAAAAAAAUGGUAACACUAAUUAUGAUAUCAAUGCUGUCAUCUAGGAAGCAAAGGAUUUCAAGGACAAGCUACUUUGAUUAA